CCUCAGAAGAGAGAAGGAAAAUAAAAUAAAAAUCAUACUCAUUUUCACUCUCUUUUCUUUUGUUUUUGGGUUUCUUCUUAUUAAAUAAUCUCUCCACACUGUUUAAAUUUCUAGGGUUUCUUUGGAUCAUCGUAGAAUCUUAUGUGAAUUUCGUAAUUCCUAGUAUUUUUAGAUUUAUUUAAGUUUUGAUGGAACUGGGUACGUAAUAGUUGUGAUUUUGUGUGUUUUUUGUGGUUGGAUUUGGAUAUGGGAGCUUACAGAAAUGAAUCAGAUUACAUAAGAGAAACUCGAUCUCAAUGGAAUACUAAUUCUAAUAUGGAAAGCGGUGGGAUUGGGAAUUUGGUUGAUAAGUUUUCAGAAAUAGGUGUUCAUAGUCAUCAACACCAGGAAUCUACUCCUAAAGAUAAUAGUCUAUUUCAGGUUAUGAAAGCUGUUGAAGCUGCUGAAACUACUAUUAAACAACAGGUAGAAGAGAAUAAUUGCUUACGGGCGGAGCUUCAGAAAAGAACACAGGAACUUGACAGAUAUAAAUCAGAUGAGUCAAGUUCUCCGAGACUCCAAUCGGAUGGUUUACAGGAUGAGCAUGUUCAGGGAAGUUACAAAGCACAGCGAUUAGAAAAUACCUCAAGGAAUCAAGACGAUAGGGUUAGAUGGACAGAUAAUGCGACAGUACUUGGUUCACAGGGCGCUCUUGUUCUGCAACAAAAUGGAGCGCCAAGAAACGAGCAUCCUGCUGUACAUACUUUUGGUGAAAGUCAGCACUACACUGAAUCCAACAAGUUGAAUGGUACUCUAAGUCAGUUAUCCUCACCAUCUCCAAGGUCCUAUUCUCCAAACAGGUACCUCCGAGAAAGAGAGUUUGAUUCCAAGAUGAAUCUGUCUGGACAAGGGCUGGUUCCAGUUUCUGAACAGGAUAGUCAGAGCAGCCCAUGGAAGAAGGAGCUUGUUCUCAAGGUUAGAGAGCACGAAGAAGAGAUUUUGCAGUUGCGAAAACAUCUCGGUGAAUAUUCGAUUAGGGAAGCACAAAUACGUAAUGAAAAAUAUGCUCUGGAGAAACGUAUUGCUUAUAUGCGUAUGGCAUUUGAUCAGCAACAGCAAGACCUUGUUGAUGCUGCAUCAAAAUCUCUCUCAUACAGACAAGACAUAAUUGAGGAAAACAUACGCCUUACAUAUGCUUUGCAGGCAGCACAACAAGAAAGAUCAAUAUUCAUAUCGUCUUUGUUACCUCUUUUAGAAGAUUAUUCUCUGCAGCCGCCGGUGCUUGAUGCUCAAUCCAUUGUCAGCAACCUAAAGGUUCUGUUUAAACACCUGCAGGAGAAACUCAUUCUUACAGAGGCAAAGUUAAAGGAAUCUCAUUACCAGUUGGCGCCAUGGCGUUCCGAGUCUUUGAAUCCCCCAAGUUUUACUCCACAAUCACAAUCACAAGCACAAUCACCUUCCAGGAGUCCAGCGCUGAAUACAUCACAGAACAAAAAUGGGCUUGAACUGGUGCCUCAGCCAGCAUAUUCUCAUAGUCAGACGCCUAUUUCAGCUCGGGCAAAUGCUCAGGCAGCCACAGAUUGGAACUCAUUGGGGCAGCAUACACACCAAACUGAUUUUGUUGGUGAUGGGUCAAAAAGCCCGGAACCUGAUAACUUGGGACAGCCAUUUCCUUCUACAAGCAGGAAUCCUGCAACCCAAGAUGUAUCACUGAACAUCAGCCAGGGUGGUUUCCGUAAUAAGCAUUUCAGUGAAGAAAACGCUGCUAAACAACUUUCUUUUAAUAACGACUACCUUGGUAGUGGUGGGAUGGACGACCCGGACGCUGUUGGACUUGAUAGUGGGCGAGAGCCUUCACUUCAUUGGAGUUCUGGAAAUUCUCCUUAUAUGACACCGACACAUGAUGAUCCAGGCACCUCAUAUUCUCCUUAUUUACCCGCAGUGCUUGAGGAGCCUUCAUCCUCAUUUUCUGAAGCUGCUGAAGAUGAUCCUUUACCUGGCAUAGAAGGGCUCCAGAUUUCAGGUGAAGCUUUUCCGGGUAGGGAUCUUCAAGCUUGUGGCUAUUCUGUUAAUGGAACAACCAGCUGCAAUUUUGAGUGGGUCAGAUAUCGGGAAGAUGGAUCAGUACACUAUAUUGAAGGUGCAAAGCAGCCUAACUAUCUGGUCACUGCUGAUGAUGUGGAUUCCUACCUUGCAAUACAUGUCCAACCUCUUGACAACAGAAAGCGCAAGGGUGAACUCGUAAAAGUGUUCGCAAAUGAGCAAAUAAAGAUUGCCCUUGAUCCUGAUAUGCAAGAACAGAUAGAGAAAACCCUUCAUAGUGGACAUGCUUCGUAUGAAGUUUCUGUCGCGGUCGGAUAUCUUGAUAUAUGGGAGCCAGCUAUUUUGGCCAUUAAGAGAGAGGGUUACAGUAUCAAGUGCAAUGGACCUCGUGGUGUUGUUGUCACAGAAAAGUUUCUCCCGAUCACAGCUGUUACAAUUCCCUACGGAAGUCCUACAGCAUUUUCGAUUUCUGGUGCUGGCGGGGUUGAACAUCCUUUAAAAACAACAGAUAGUAGCGCGUUAAGAGAUACCAUUGUGCUCACGAUGAGAUUAUUUAUCAUGAGGGCUGUUGAGAAAAGAAAAGGGAAGAAAAAGGGUCUGUUUUUCCACAAGUAGAGUGCAUUUUUGGGGGGCUUUUGUUUCAAGCUCAAUUGGGGGUGUUUUCUGUAAAGUGUUUGUAGUUAAGUAGUAGGUUACUCAUGUGAAAUGAGUGCAGGGUUGUAGAUUUUUCCUGCAGUUAGUGCAUCUAAACCUCAUCUUGUAAGAAGUCCAGUCAAUUUUUUAACUGAGCGAAGUGGAGGCAUUCCAGGGACGUUCCCUGUUGUAGUUCUUAACAAUGUGGUACUAAGUUUUUGCAAGCUCUAUCUUCUCCUUAGAUGCAGGUUUGUCAGCAACUUUGUUAUUAUUGAAUCUUGUAUAGUUACCUGCAGUAUCCUUUAUUAUUUUCUAUUGACGAUGAUGAUGACCUUUCAGAUUUCUAAGUUCGAAAGAAUUCGACUAAUGUCUAAGAGCUGCUAAUUUGCUUCAGCUACUUUUUA